AUGUUCCCAGACGCAAUUGCGGUCAAGGCUAUUAUUACCCAGAGAAACACAUGGAUCCGUUGCCUCGCCUCAGAGACGAAGCAGACCACUGCGGACAAGCCUGAAGCUGUGGAGAACGUCCUUGCCAAAGCCAAGGAAGGCGGUCCGCGGUAUCCCCGAAGUAUACAAGCCCUCUACCUCCAGCCACUUCGACGCGAGGCCGAGUACGGCAUCCCCUCAUGCGAUCUUCAGCUGCGCUCAUACAGUUUGAGGAACCUCGAGUUCUUCGCCGACUUUGCCCUCCGUGCAGCAUACUACCUCAAGCUUCCGGCCUUCGGCCCUGUGCCGCUCCCCCGAAUUACCGAGCGAUGGACAGUCCCCCGGAGUAGUUUUAUCUUCAAGAAGUCACAGGAGAAUUUUGAGCGUGUCACAGUCCGUCGCCUCAUCCAGAUCCGCGACGGAAACCCGGAGACGGUGCAGUUGUGGCUGGCGUUUCUACAGAAACACGCGUACUACGGCAUCGGCAUGAAGGCCAAUGUGUGGGACUUUGACAAGCUGGGCAUCGGCAAGACCAUGGAUACUACGGACCAAGGUACAGCCAAGGCUAUCGAGUCCAAGUGGAGCCACCUGGGCCAGAACCGGGACCUUGAUACAGUUGAAAAGGUUGAAGAGUUCUUGGCCAAGGUGAGAUUCGAUACCGACAGCGGCAAGCGGGCUGAAGGCGAGCGGCGGUUCGUUGAGGGGCAGUACAAGCGGGAGGAGGCGCUCAGGAGAAGGGCGACAGCCGCAGAGACCGAGUCUUCCUGA